UCCUCGUGCAAACAGCUAAACUCAGUGCACAUACAACUCAGCACGAGGAUUGGUUUUGCGUGCCUUGGAUUAAAACACUCAAACUGCAGUAAAAAGAUGUCUGCACCACCUCCGGUGCUCCCCAGAAAGCACUCAGGUGUCCGGGUCAUGAUAACUCCAGGAGAGAAGCCUCCUCCUGGUGGCUUGCCCCUCUACACCAAUUCUAGCAAAGAAAAUUGUGCAACUGGGGAGUCAGAUCAUAAACAACUAGAGAAUGCAGAGAGAGAAGUGGAGAUUCUGAACCACUGCUUUGACGAUGUGGAGCGAUUCAUGGCACGCUUGCAGCAGACAGCUGUGGCUCAGAGUAUUCUCAACCAAAGGGGGACGAAGAGAAGCAAAAAGAAUAAGAAGAAGGAGGUCCAAGAUGAUGAUUUGCUGGCCAUGAAAGCUUGUCCUCCAUCAGAAGAAGAAUUUGUGGACAUUUUUCAGAAGAUCAAGUACUCUCUCUGUCUGCUGGAUCGCCUCAAGUCAUCCAUCACCCAGCCUGAUGCACCUGAGCUGUUGCAUCCCAUCUUUGUGCCUCUUAAUCUAAUGGUGAAAACCACAGGUGGGCCAGCAUUAGGGGCAUCAGUGGUCAGUCCUGCUAUGACCAGUGGUGCUGUUUCACUGCUCCAUAAACAUCUGACUGAGGAGGAAAAAGAGCUGUGGGCUUCACUGGGGCCCAACUGGACUUCACCUUGUUCGCACCUUAGUGCAUCUGUUCCUCCAUACUCACUUGUCUUCCUGGAUGGGUGGCAGCCUCAGGCCUAUGACUCAGCUGGCCAGCCUUUGGAGGAUCCUGUCAAGUUGCAGCACAAACAAGACGCUCUCACUGAAAGCAGAGUUGCACAAUCUCUACAGGACCAAGUUCGACAGACAGUGGAUGACCAUGGUGAAGGCACUGAUGAAGUAGAAGGAAAUAACCUCCCGCCAGAGGGUGAGAGACUUUACUGUUGCAGUUAUGACUUUGUAGCUCGAAACAGCAGUGAACUCUCUGUGCUACAAGGAGAAACACUAGAGGUAAUUGAGUCAUCAAAGCGUUGGUGGAAGUGUCGGAAUCGUUUUGACCAGAUCGGCUUUGUUCCCUCUAAUAUCCUGGAGCCUCUGUCGGCUCUGAAUAACACAGGGAGAGACAACCCAGUUGUGCACAGAGAGUCAAAGAAGAACGCCAUUACCCCUCGGACAAGGUUCUUCUCAUAUGCUCCACCAAGCCCAGAUGCAACCAGUCCUAUUGCUACAAGCCCACUGCGACCACAGAGCAUGAUUUUACCACCUAUAACAAUGCAGGGAGAAGACAGUGACAGAGUCCUGAUAAUGAAUGAUGAGCUUCUUGAGCGGCUGGCUGGGAAAAGAGGUUCAGUUCGUCCGGUGGUACCCCGCACUGCAGACACUUCUGCUCCCCUGAAUUACCACUCGCUACCUGCUGAGGUGGAGGCCUGGCUCACCACCAAAGGCUUCAGUCAGCAGACAGUUCAGUGUCUGGGUAUUUUAACUGCAGCGCAGCUUUUUUCGCUAAAUAAGGAUGAACUCCGCGCAGUCUCACCAGAGGAAGGUGCAAGAGUCUACAGUCAAAUCAUGGUGCAGAAGGCCCUUCUGGAGGAUGUGCACAAAGCCACAGAACUAGAGACGGUGAUGGAAAAGCAAAAGCUGAAGAUUGAUCUGAGAUCAGAGAGUGAUGAAGUGUGAUGGAGCUUUCAGACCUCCACUAAUACAGAUGUGGUAUCAGAGAUCAUUGAAGAUAAAUAUAGUAUACCCGACUGGAUGACGUUGCAAAUAGAUUCAAAACAUUUAGUCAGAUUGCAAAGUAAAGCUCACUCACCACUCUGACACUGGAACUAUUUUUUGUUCUUUUAUUCUUAUUUUUUAAGACAGAGUGGCUUCAAAUUCUUGCAAGAAUGCUAAAUUUAUUUUUACCAUUUGGUGUUCAUCAUGUGUUGUACAAUUUACAAUUUCUAUUUCUAUAUUUACGAUUUCUAGUAUCCUUUGUUGAGGCAAUAAGCAAUACAAUAAACCUAAUCACAUACAUUAGUUUGAAAAAUUAACAACAGUGAACUGAAUCUGUUUUUUAGAGCUAUAAAAACUACAUUUUGUUGUUUCUGACUCUAUAGUUGAACUUUUGAUUGUUUUUAUUGCUGACACAUCAAACUAUAUUCAGACAAUGUUACUUGUUGCAGCCAAAUGCAAUUGUAGACCAAAUACACAUAAACUGAUUUCAUAAAAACACAAAGUCUGACUCCUCAAAUGAUGCUCUCUGGAAACCAAAAUGUUUCCUGAUUCUGUGCUUUUCAUUGUGACUUCAUGUACAAUACAGAAACAUAGUUUGCACUGGCUUAAAUAAAACUUUAUGUGAAUUUUUGAUUUAUA